AUGGCGUAUGAAAUAGGUGGAAUGUUCGCACAACAACCACAUCAUCCUCACAGUAUUUGGUCAUCGGGUACGGUUCAACUCACUAUUCCAGGUUUAAUACCAACAAUGAAUACUUUAAUGAGCGCUAAUGCGUCGUAUGUGGCAAAUCAUCAUCAGUUAGAUCUGCAUACUUCAAAAGCCGAAUCAAUCCAAGGUUAUGGACAGCUGACUUGGCUAUCCGGUAAAGCCGGUCUGAUUACAUGCAAGAAUAAAAUGGUCAUAUCAUUCCAGAUUAAAGACUUUUGUGAUCAGAUGCUUACGGAUCUCACUUCGGUGCUUCGUGUGGGCUUCACUUUGUCAUUUCAAGCAUCACUCAACGAAACAAACGAGUAUACAGCGACACUAGUUUAUCCACUCUAUGGACAAGUUGCGGAACAAGUGUUUUUGAAUGCACCCGAAGUCGACUUAGAAAAGGCAUGUCCGACACCACCGAGUUCAAAGGAUGCCUAUUCACCAGUUAUUGAAGCCAGAGCAGUUCCUACUUUGUUAGCGAUCUUUCAACGCCACGCGCUUACACAAAUCCAGCUAAGCAGCUUACAUUCUCAAAUGUCAAAUUGUGCUGACGAUGAGCUAUUUCGUUAUGUUGGUACGUCUUCACUGAAACGCCGCCAGUUUGUUGAGCGUCGCACUCACCUGUUUCGUUUGACACCUGAGGAUAACAUUGCACUUCAGAGCCCAGCUGUCUACCUUUGUGUGCUUCGCCUUGCGUCCUAUCUUCUACGCCGUGGUGGUGCAACUGCCAUUCAAAGCCUCUACGAUUACUUUAUUGGUCCCGAUAUGGCGCCUGAAAUACGAGAUCAAAUUGGUGAAAGUCGUCAAGAAUUCCUUAAUUUGGUUGUAAGCCAUCCAUGGAUUUUUGCUUUGUUCCCUAACCGUACGUAUGUAUCAGUACGCCGCAACUUGCCUCACUACGAUUAUCCAGGUUUUAUUAAGCAGCAUUUUCCCGACCUGGACGUGCUGCGUCCAUCGUCAGCGCGAGGAUACGGACCUCGUCCAAUCGCACGUUCUAUGUCUGCUCAUCAGCCGCUAGUCCAAGCACUCUCAAACAAUCGUAGUGCUGUUGGCGGGUCGCUGGUUCAAGCUGGUAGUCGUCCUGUUUCUCUUUGGGAUAACAGAAACAGUAUCUCACAGGUUUCUCGAUUACUUCUUUUUUGUUAUUGUCUUUAA